UUAAAUAUAAAAAUGUUUUCUUUGACUUUUUGUAAUUGAAAGAUAUUCUUGUCACAAGCACUUUAUUGUGCAAUAGUUUUAAACUCAUCUGCUAUGAUUUUUCAUGUCCAUUUGUCCAUUUAAUUCCUCUUUAUUGAACUUAAACUCUCUAACAUUUCAGGUUCAUUAUGAGCGGUCCAAGUCCAGCCAUGGACAAAGGAAUGAACACAGUUCUGGUUUGUCAAGAGAGCUAUGCYUGCGGAGGGUCAGACGAGGCUGCGUUCGAGUGCGACGAGUGCGGCAGCCUGCAGUGCGCCCGCUGCGAGCUGGAGCUGCAUCGCCAGGAGCGCAUGAGGAACCAUGACCGGGUCCGGAUCACGCCGGGCCACGUGCCCUUCUGCGACUCCUGCAAAGGCGACGGCGGCUGCGCUGUCAGGCUCCGGGCGGCGGUGCGCUGCCAGGGCUGCAAGAUCAACCUGUGUUUAGACUGCCAGAAACGCACUCACAGCGGCGUCAACAAGAGGAAGCAUCCUCUGACCGCUUACCCUCCUGCUAAAGCUGCCCAGGAGAGCAGCGCUGAAGAGGAGAUGGAGAUCCUCAAAUCGAAGCUGGGGAACGUGCGCAGCUUUCUGUUAGUCGACGAAAGGGAGGAGAUGCAGGUGAAAGAUGAGGAGGAUUUUGUCAUCAGGCUGGGCUGCAGUCCUGAUGAGCUCCUCAAGGUGGUCUCCAUCUUCGGCAACACCGGAGAAGGCAAAUCCCACACUCUUAACCACACCUUCUUYCUCGGAAGAGAAGUGUUCAAGACCUCCCCCACCCAGGAGUCCUGCACCGUGGGUGUUUGGGGGGCUUUGGACCCCCUGCACCAGGUGGUCGUCAUCGACACUGAGGGCUUGCUCGGGGCUGGAGCCAAUCAGGGUCAGCGGACACGGCUUCUCCUCAAGGUCCUGGCUAUUUCCGAUGUCAUCAUCUAUCGGACGCAYGCCGACCGCCUCCACGACGAUCUCUUCAAGUUCCUCGGCGAUGCUUCYGAUGCCUACUUGAAGCAUUUCACGCGGGAACUAAAAGCGACGACCACUCGCUGUGGCCUGGACGUGCCGUUGUCCACCYUGGGCCCCACCGUUAUCAUUUUCCACGAGACGGUCCACACCAAGCUCCUGGGAUCAGAUAAACCAUCUGAGUCGUCCGAGCGUCUGCUGCAGGAGCGUUUCAGGAAGCUGGGCCUGUUUCCGGAAGCUUUCAGCUCCAUUCAGUACCGUGGGACUCGGACCUACAACCCUCCCACCGACUUCAGCGGUUUGCUGCACAGCCUGGAGCACCAGCUGGAUAACAACACCACCCGCUCCCCGCGCUCUGCUGGCGUCGUCUUUAAGGCCCUGCAGGCUUUAAGUGAACGCUUCAACGGAGAGAUUCCAGAUGAACACAUGACCAGUAACUCCUUUUUUCCAGAUGAGUACUUCACCUGCUCCAGUAUCUGCCUCAGCUGUGG